AUGCUAAUGAGUGAAGAGAAUCUUGGGAGGCAUCUUACGUGCAUGGAAGAUGGCGAGGUGCCUGAAGUGAGGCGUCGUAUCAAGCGUAGGAAAAGAGAUACAGAAAAUGUAGUGGAUCUAAAAUCUGCUCCAACAACUGUAAAAAGAAGUUCAAGAUUUCGAGGUGUCAGCAAGCAUCGGUGGACUGGUCGAUACGAAUCACACUUGUGGGAUAAACUCUCCUGGAACGUAACUCGGAAGAAGAAGGGGAAACAAGGAGCUUAUGAUGUUGAGGAAGCUGCUGCAAGAGCGUAUGAUUUAGCUGCGUUGAAGUAUUGGGGGAUAGCAACUUUUACCAAUUUUCCGAUCUCUGAUUAUGAGAAAGAAAUUGAAAUCAUGCAAACUGUCACAAAAGAAGAGUUCCUUGCCUCAUUAAGAAGAAAGAGCAGCGGAUUCUCAAGAGGUAUAUCAAAGUACAGAGGAGUUGCAAGACACCAUCACAAUGGAAGAUGGGAAGCAAGGAUUGGGAGAGUUUUUGGAAAUCAGUACCUCUAUCUUGGAACUUACAGUACCCAAGAAGAGGCAGCUCGUGCAUAUGAUAUUGCAGCAAUUGAAUAUAGAGGAAUCAAUGCUAUCACAAACUUUGAUUUGAAUACUUACAUUAGAUGGCUGAAACCAGAAUCCAACACCUCAAUUCCUGCUCAAGAACAAAAGCCAAAUCCGAUGACUCACAAGAAGAUGCAACCCUCCAUGUUACAAACAAGAGAUUUCAGUGCAGAUAACCUAAUCAAGCAAGAAAGUUUCGAACAAAAAAUCCCGGUUAAUUUGUGCAGGAAAUCAUCUUCUCCAACAGCAGUCGAUCUUCUUCUCCGUUCUUCUAUGUUUAGAGAACUCGUUCAAAAGAACUCAAAUUUCAUGGAAGAUGAAAAUGUAGAUGUAGAAAACACGAAAAACUUGCCACAUCUGGGUGGUGAUGAUGAGUAUGGAGGAAGCUUCUUUGAUGGACCUCAAGAUCAUAUCCCAUUUGUGCUGUCUUCUGAUGAUUAUAGCAUUGAUUUGGAAAGAGAACUUAAUUUCAAUUUCGAUUGUGAUUUUCCAAGCAAGAGUUGGUGCAACAUGGCCUCAAUCUGUUAA